UAUUAAUCUCAUGUAAUUAGUCAAUCCGUUGCUCUCCACUCUGAUAAUUCAAUAUAAUUCACAGUGCAGUUGCAGUGCAAAGAGUCUGCAAAUUAAACCUGAGCAGCGAGCAUAGAGCAAGAUAUGUCUCAGCUGGUGGAUAAGACGAAGAACUUCAUAGCAGAAAAGGUUGCCAACGUAAAGAAACCGGAAGCCAACAUCACCGACGUCGAUUUUAAGAAGGUCAGUCGUGAUUCUGCCACCUUCAACGCUCAGGUCUCUGUUACCAAUCCCUAUGGACACGCUAUCCCCAUCUGCGAGAUCUCCUACACCCUCAAGAGCGCUAAUAGAGUGAUAGCGUCGGGAACCAUUCCGGAUCCGGGGUCGCUAACUGCAAACGAGACGACAAAGGUAGAUGUGCCGGUGAAGGUGCCAUACAGCAUAUUGGUGAGUUUGGCAAGGGACAUAGGAUCGGACUGGGACAUCGAUUAUGUAUUGGAGUUGGGUUUCACCGUCGACUUGCCCAUCGUUGGAAACUUUACGUUGCCACUGCCUCGCAAGGGAGAGGUCAAGCUCCCUACCCUCGCUGACGUCUUCUAAGUUAUACAACACCACUUGUGCACUUUCUACUUGUUUGUUAAUUAUCUUUUAUCUGUCAGUGUUUCCCUUUCCCUACCCAUGUUUUUAAAGAUACAGGAGUGUAAUAAAUAUAACUAAAAGGGGUCAAUUUUAAAUUAGUAUCUUGUACUUAAUUUGGAUAAUAUUAAUUGUGUGUUGGUAAUAUUUGGACAAA